AUGUCUGUUUUAACGUUAGUCCAGGACGAUGUGAAAUCAGAUAUUCUGAAAUUGGUCCUUGACUUUAUCAAAGCGGUAGUCAUCAAAGAUGAUGAAAAAGUAGAAUUUCCCGAAGUGCGACACGAGAAGAAAAUUUCUUUCGAGUAUAAGGACAAAAAGUACAAGGAGCUGUUUUGCACCCUUUACGCGAUUAUCGAUAUAUACGACUGCUACAACGAAUUGUUCAACGAAGAUGAAGGCAAAGUGAGCGAAAAUGAAGAAUUCAUUUUCCAUUUGGCCAGUGACAAAUUUAAACUGAAGCAGCUAGACAUGAAGCAUUUGAAUGAUCUGCUGUGCGAAAAAUCGUACAUUGUAUCGAAUAGACAUGCUUCCAUAGUGGACAUUUUUUAUUUCUGCUCUGUUUAUAAACCUUUAAGUGAAAUGCCCGCCAAUGAGAGAGUCGAAAAUUCACACAUAUAUAGAUGGUUUUUACACAUUCAAGAAACCUUAGUGGGGAAAUUCACUACACUGAAAAGGUUGGACGUUAGGGACAGCCUGGAAACUUUUCUAAAUAGUAAAAAUGUAAUGAGCCCAAGUGAGCGAGCUAAUAAUGCAGGCAUGAGACAACAGAAGGAUGAUAAGAAUGCAAAAAAUGAAAAUGGAGAAAAUGAAAAAAAAAAAAAGAAAAAUAAUGAUCAAAAUAAAAUUGCUCAGAAAAAAAAAGUAGAGGAACCAAAGAGCCUGGACGAUAUUACCAGAUUAAAUAUUAUCGUAGGGUAUGUAGAGGAAGUAGAAAUUCACCCCGAUGCGGAUACGCUGUACUGUUUGAAGGUAAAUGUGGGGGAAGAAAAAUCCAGGGACAUUUGCAGUGGCUUAAGACUUAAAAAGAAUUCAGAAGAUUUACUACACAAAUACGUUUUAGUGUUAGCCAAUUUGAAGGAAAAGUCCUUGAGAGGAAGAAAAAGUCAUGGUAUGGUUUUAUGCGGAUCUUUUGGUGAACAGAUAGAGCUACUUACCCCCCCAUCUGGAGUCAACGCUGGGGAGAGAAUUAUUUGUGAAAAUAUGGACGUCAAUAAGUUACCAGAUAAAACCUUAAGCUUUGAUAAGGAGAAGAAUCCCUUUUUUCAUAUCCAGCCACAUCUGCUCGUCAAGAAUGGGGUAGCCUAUUAUAAAGAUGUCAAGUGGCUCUCGUCUAAAGGAGAAAUCACUUGCCCCUUAGAACAGGGAACAAUUUCGUAG